AUGCACCGCGCGUUCACGGCCAAGCCUGUUCAGGCGACCACCGGGCGCCGCGCCCAGGCGCCCGGUGCGCCGGUGCCGAGCGUUGCCCGCGGCGCGACAGCCUCGUGCGUGCAGCGCCCGGCCCCCGCGCGCCGCGCCGGCAAGGCCGCCGCGCGCCACGCGCGCACGGCCGUCGUCUCGGCCGCGGCCACCCUCGAGGCCGGCGCCACGGCCCCGGGCGCCGCCGUCCGCAGCGACAUUCGCAACAUCGCCAUCAUUGCGCACGUCGACCACGGGAAGACCACGCUCGUGGACUCCAUGCUCGCGCAGUCCAACAUCUUCCGCGACAACCAGAAGGUGGACGAGCGCAUCAUGGACUCGAACGACCUCGAGCGCGAGCGCGGGAUCACGAUUCUGGCGAAGAACACGGCGAUCCGGUACAAGGACACGAAGCUGAACAUCAUCGACACGCCGGGCCACGCCGACUUCGGCGGGGAGGUCGAGCGCGUGCUCAACAUGUGCGACGGCGUGCUCCUGCUCGUGGACUCGGUCGAGGGCCCCAUGCCGCAGACGCGCUUCGUCCUGCGCAAGGCCCUGGACCUGAACAAGAAGGUCGUUGUGGUGGUGAACAAGAUCGACCGGCCAGCGGCGCGCCCGGACUGGGUGAUCGACCAGGUGUUCGACCUGUUCGUCGACCUCGGCGCGUCCGACGAGCAGUGCGACUUCCCCAUCGUGUACGCCUCGGGGUUCCAGGGCGUGGCGGGGCUGGAGCCGGACGCGCUCAAGGACAACCUGGAGGACCUGUUCGAGACGGUCGUGAACGAGGUGUCGGGGCCCGUGGUGGCGAAGGACGCGCCGCUGCAGAUGCUGGUGACGCAGCUGGACUUCGACGAGCACAAGGGGACGAUCGCCAUUGGGCGGCUGAGCGCGGGCACGCUGAAGAAGCAGCAGCAGGUGGCGGUGUGCACGCCGGAGACGGACGUGCGGCGCGGCAAGGUGAGCGAGAUGUUCGUGUACGACAACUUCGGGAAGGCGCCCGCGACGGAGGUGGAGGCCGGGGACAUUGUGGCGCUGGCGGGGCUGGAGGGCAUCCAGAUCGGGGAGACGAUCACGUGCACGGACGAGCCGUGUCCGCUGCCGUCGAUCGAGGUGGAGGAGCCGACGGUGCGGAUGACGUUCAUGAUCAACAACUCGGAGUUCGCGGGGCAGGAGGGCAAGUACGUGACGUCGCGCAACAUCCGCGACCGGCUCAUGAAGGAGCUCGAGCGCAACCUGGCGCUGCGCGUCGAGGACGGCGACACGGCGGACCAGUUCAUCGUGUCGGGCCGCGGCGCGCUGCACCUGGGCAUCCUGAUCGAGAACAUGCGGCGCGAGGGGUACGAGUUCCAGAUCGGGGCUCCGACGGUGAUCGUGAAGGAGGACGAGAACGGGAAGAAGGUGGAGCCGUACGAGGAGGCGUUCGUGGAGGUGCCGGAGGACUACGUGGGCGGCGUGACCACGCUCAUGGGCUCGCGCAAGGCCGAGAUGGUCGACAUGUCCCCGGGGGUGUCGGGGUCGACGCUGAUCAAGUACAUCAUCCCCACGCGCGGCCUCCUGGGCCUGAAGAACAGCAUGCUCACGGCGACCAAGGGCACGGCGAUCCUGAACACCAACUUCAAGGAGUACGGCCCCUUCGUGGGGGACAUCAACACGCGCGACAACGGGUCGCUCAUCGCGUACGAGACGGGCCAGGUGACGGCGUACGCGCUGCAGAGCGCGCAGGACCGCGGCGUGAUGUUCGUGGAGCCCGGGCAGGAGGUGUACAUGGGGCAGGUGGUGGGCAUCCACCAGCGCGCGGGGGACCUCAAGGUGAACGUGUGCAAGAAGAAGGCGCUCACGAACAUGCGCGCCGCGGGCAAGGACAACACGCUCGUGCUGAACGCGCCCAAGCAGAUGUCGCUCGACGAGUGCCUCGAGUACAUCGUGCCGGACGAGCUCGUCGAGGUGACGCCCAAGUCCGUGCGCAUCCGCAAGAUGCCGAAGAAGAAGUGA